AUGCCGGCAGCUCUCGCCGCACUUCUGGCGUUGGUGCCCACCGUGCUGGGGGCACCGGCACCGUCCUUCUGGCCCCGCUACGGCGGGGCGCGUGAGGUGACCCUCCUUGACGGUGAGUGGCAGUUUGGUUUUAACAGCGACAAGGACUUCGACGUGUUGGCCCCGCUGGAUCCAAAGGCCCCUGGCCUGACACCCAACAGCACCUCGGUGCCCUCCUCGGUGGAUGUGGCGCCGCCUGGAGUAUUGGGCCGGCGGGGAGUGGCUUUCUACCGCACCCACUUCCAACAGAAGGGUCAUGCGCGGCUUCAAUUCAUGGGCUGCUCCUUCUACUGCCGUGUCUUCGUGGACGGCCAGGCAGUGGGCGAACACCGUGCAGGUGGCUACGUUCCCUGGUGGCUGGACCUCCCACUGCCCAGCAGCGGGAACGCCACACGCGAGCUCUUCGUCAUGGCGGACAACCGAUUCAACCGCACCACCGCCCCGGUCCAUACGGGCGGUGAUUUUUGGAGCUACGGAGGCAUUCUGCGAAGUGUGGUGCUCCACGACAUGCCUGACGAUCCCAAAGAGACGUGGCCUUGGCGAGCGUACGUUUUUCCAACGGCCGAGGACUUAGGUGUGGUGGACAUCAAGAUCGUGCUGACUUCGACCAACUGCACGGGCGCAAUAAUGAUCAUGAUCGCCUUCGGCAUGGACACACCAGCCGCAGUAAAUGUCAUGGCGACCGCCGGUGAAGCUUGGCUCCGCUCUGUGCAGGUGCCGGAUCCGCAAACCUGGUCCCUCAAGAACCCGCAGAUGCACACGGUGACUGUUGGGAUUGGCAGUGCCACCAUCACGGAGCGCUUCGGCCUCAGGCGCUGGGCCUACGCUGAUGGCAAGCUGCUCCUCAACGGUGAGGCGGUCAAGCUGCAUGGCUGGAAUCACCACACACAGUGGAUCGACACAGGUGCUUCUCCCACGGAUAGCCAGCUGGACAAGGACUUGGCAUUGCUCCGCGAGGGCAAUGCCAACUUUGUCCGCGGGGCGCACUACCCGCAGGAUCAGCGCUGGCUCGACCGCCUGGAUGAGGCCGGCAUGGCCAUGUGGGAAGAGACUUUAGGCCCUGGCACGACCGUGGAGGAUCUGAAGGAUUGGGGGCACUUCAUGAAGUAUCAGUUGCAACAGGUGGAUGAGAUGCUGGCAGCCAGCAUGAACCACCCCUCGAUCAUGGCUUGGGCCUGGUUCAACGAAGGACCCUCCAACGACCUGGAUGCUUGCCAGGCCUAUCUGCAGUGCUCCCUACGCGCGGCAGAAGCGGACCCCACACGAUUCCGCACGUGGGCUUCAAACAAGAAGGAGGAGGACAAGUGCCUCGAUCAUGCCACGGCAGUGAGCUUCAACAGCUACCCGGCCUGGUAUUCCGACAAGCACGACUUGAUGGCGCCAAAGCGGGAGUGGACCGAAAGUGCCGCAUGGGCGCGGCAGCACUUCCCGGACAAGCCGUUCUUCAUCAGCGAAACUGGCGCUGGAGGUCUCUACGAAUGGGCCUCCAACACCACCGACGCAUACUGGACGCUCAAGUACCAGCAAGAGGUCAUCGAUGCCGAUGUCGAUACCGCCCUGACUGAUGGCAACAUUUCUGGGCUGACCCUGUGGCACUUCUUCGAUUUCAAAGGGAAUGAUGAAGCCCAGAGUUGCGGCCCGUGCCAGUACCUUCCUGGCGUGACACCGCCCACGUGUGGGUGGUACGACAUGUCAGGCAGCUGUGAGCACCGCCCGGGGGGCCUGAAUCACAAGGGCGUGCUGGACCCAUGGAGACGCAAGAAGCCCUCCUUUUAUUCGGUGGCCAAGAAGUACGGUGCGGCUUCACGAUCUGCGCCAGGCACAGGCUCGUUGUAUAUAGUGUAG